UGAAGAGGCUGGAAGCGUGGACCACGAGGGGAUUUCUGAGGGAGCGGUGGAAGUACUUCUGGAGCAGGCCAGGACUUAAGAUGUCGCUGGUGGCCAGGUAUCGCAGAAGACAAUAUGGAACGUCUUCAGUAGCUAAAAGCAGCAAGCCAUAUAAACCUUUGCUGCCGACUUCUUAUUCUCCCCAAGAGGGCUACUUAGAGGAGGGUGAAGACAUGCUAAGUAGCAUUAAAGAAUUACAGCAGAAUGUGGCUGAUUAUUCAAAAAGGAAUGAAGAGAACCAUGAGCGAUACCAGUCCAUUCAGUUAGGUGAUGCCAACAGUAGGAACACUUGGAAAGAAGAGCUUUUCCAGCACUUCUAUCAAGUGGUUCAGAAAGAACGUGAUCAAGAGAGGCCUUCAGAUUGCGUUAUUGUUUCUAUCAACAACAAACAGAGGGACUACGCCACCGGCAUAGGUCAUCAAUUGCAGGAUCACGGCCUUAUGGUGGAAAUGAUUCACCUCUCCUCAGAAUCAAGUCUUCCGCGAGCACUCCAGGAAGUUAAAGAUGAUGGGUCCCCGUUUUGCAUUCUUGUCGAACAGUCUAAUGUAAAACUUUCCUCUUGCACUGUAAUUAUACUUGAUGAGUCUAUCAAAAUACAUCGUCAUAUGCCUCUGGAAGAUGCCCUGGGGUUGGUGGCCAAAGAAUACAGGAGAUUUUUGUCCAAACGGGAGCAGCAGGAGCGUGCUGAAAUUGCUCUGAGGGCCGGAGAUCUCCUGGACGACUUCUUAGCUAGGGAGCGCCUCCCCAGCUACUCUGUCCCUUCGGGCAUUCAGCACCUUGUCUUCCUGUUGACUGAGGGAAAGCAUCUGCAUGGGAAUGAGUUGAACCUCCUCAUUGACUACCUGAAGACCAGGAAGGGGCACCUGGAAGGCUUUGAGACGCCCGAGUCUUCAGCUGGCAAUGACCAUCCCUCGUUUCCAGGCAGGAGUACCCCAGUUGUGGGCAAGCCGCCUCCACUUCUUCCAACCCCUGGAAAGGGAUCCUUCUCAGGCCCUCAUCCCCCCCUGUCUGUCAAGUCCCCAUUGUUAGGGGACAGACCAGGAGGGGCCCUCCUUCCUCUUCCAGGGUUGGUCAGCCCCAAAGCUCUGUUUGGCCCUCCCCUGCUUCCAGCAGCCCGCUCCGGGAGACCUGGUCCUCAGGGACGCCCCCACCCCAAGCGUGCCAAGCGCCCGCUACUUGGGGAGAAGCCAGGCCUUCUAGCACCACCGCCAGGUGAGUAGCCAGAGAAAAGAAAAAAGAAGAGGCGGCAUUAGGCACAGCUGGAUCCAGGGCUUCGCGUGCUGCUAUGUGCUCGUCUCUUCCCGGCAAGAUGCCCGCCGGCCGGCAGCUCCCAGACCUUCCCCUUAACCACCAGCGAAUGAGGAGGCCUCUCCGCGAGAAUUGACAGCGUCCAGAUCUGAGUCUUGGGCUCUGACUGGGUCACAUGCUCCCUGCGGACCCAAUCACUGUGGCCAGAGGGAUGAAGACGCUGAUUGGUCAGGCCUCAGUCACAUGUCCCCCCUGGAGCUGGGGGACAAGGCCUCCCGUGCCUGUGUCACGCUGGGAGGCAGGAGGGGCUCCCUGGGAUUUGGAUUCUGUCAUGGUUUUGGGUAUUUUUUGGCCAAAAGAAGGGUGUAUAUUGGGUGACAGACUGCAAAGCCCAUGCCUUACUCACAGUGUCACAUGAAAAAGUGAGAUGCCAAACAGAUGACCCGCUCUGGGAGAAUGGCUUAGAUUGUGGCUUAUUCAUGAGAUGGAAUAUUAGGCAGCCAUUAACA